UAUUUUAUUCACAAUGAUUUAUAAAAAAUAUGUAAUAAUAACAUACAAAGAAACAGCUAUUUAUAUGAAUAAUAAUAAUAGCCGUCAUCAUGUAGACUAUACAUUAGACACUAUAGCCAUCAUACUAAGAGUAUACAUAAAUAAUAAAAAUCUUAUGUUACGGACCUUUUUUCCCGGUUAGGGUACCCCUCCGCAUCGUCUCAUAAGGAACUUCGUUCCAAAAAAAACUAAAGACAAUUUCAGCAGAAAUGAGCUAUGAACUUAGAAACUAUACCGGUAUAUAAAAAGACAAAAGUGAUCAGUUUGGCGUCCGAGAGCUAAAUUUAGUUAGUCGACAGUGAAGCGUGUUGUAAUGGUGAAGUGUGUAGUCACAGCAUGACCACGUGGAUGGCGCUGUUUGGGCUAGUGUGGCUGCUGCGAGUGCGCGGCUCCCUCUGUGGUUGUGCCGCGUGCAAGCGCGUCAGACACGAGACCACCGAGAUCCCGAACGUUAGCGCAGCCUCUCAGAGUUCACCAACAGAAGAACGGGCGUCUUUUGACGUCAUCGCGCUACAGCACUACACUCGUGACGUCACCGUACAAACUGACUUCGAGGACGAAGAGAUCGAGGACCUCGAUAAGAUCGAACUCCAAAUAUCUGAGGAAUCUAACGUGGGUAACUAUGAGUGCGGCCGAGAGCAGCCUGCACAAAGUCCCGGAAACGCCCGACGUUCUGCAGGAAGCUACCAGUACACUUCAGAAGCGGACGAGUCUGACUGGGAAACUUGUGACGUAACGCUGGAGCGGGGUGCGAGUGGUCUUGGGCUUAGCAUAGCGGGCGGCGAGACAGACGGCGACGUCACAAUCACCAGACUAGCAGCCGGAGGGGCAGCCAAGAAAGAUGGCAGACUACAAAUAGGCGAUGUUUUAUUGCAAGUUAAUGACAUCUCCGUGGAGGGUGCGUCGCAUUCUGUCGCAGUGGAUGCAUUGCAAAAAGCGGGCAACGUUGUCAGAUUACGAGUUUGCCGUGCCCGAAGACCAAGAGUGGUGUCGUUGUGGCGUGGCGUUCGCGGCCUCGGACUCGGUAUAGCGGGAGGGUCUGAUGACGCGGCUGGAGGAGGAGGCGUUUUUAUAUCACAUAUAGCCGUCGGUGGUGCAGCACAUCACGACGGCAGACUGAGAUUAGGCGAUAAAAUACUUGCAGUCAGGGAUGAAGAUGGAAUCGAGACAUCGCUUGUUGGUGCGACUCACGCACAAGCAGUGUCUGCACUUCGGAAUACAGGGGAGCAAGUUACCUUAGUAGUAUUACCAGCCGGUUCGGUGCCGCCCGUUGCCAAAACCGCACCGCUUUACUCUACGAGAACACAAGCUACUUCGUGCUCAACACUACACGAACUUCUUGAGGAGGAGCCAAGUGAAAUACCGAGAUGCGUUCGGAUGGUUCGCUUGGUCCGUUCUGGAUCGCGGCUAGGUAUGGACAUCGUCGGCGGUCUUGGCGGUGACUCUGAAGGGAUUGAAGGCGAGGAGGAUACUUGUGGGGUAUUUGUUUCGGGAGUAUCCGUGGCGGGAGCAGCUUACGGUAUGCUGCAUAGAGGGGACAGGAUACUCAGCGUUGAUGGACGUGAUUUAACAAGAGCCACUCAUGAACAAGCUGCCGCUGCGUUGAAGUAUUCUGGGAGCGCAGUGACGAUAGCUGCACAAUACCAACCGGAGCAGUAUGAAAGACUAAGGGCGCGGAUACGAGCAAUCAAUGCAGCUGCGAUGUCGCCUCACGCCGUACAUGCCACCCAUGUUCCUGUACAUCCGGACUUACACACCAUGUACCCAAGGUAGCAGUGGAUGGGCUUUGAAACAGACCAGGCGGUAAGAACUGAACAAUAAAUAUUAUAGUAUAUGACAAAUAUUAUCAAUUGCAAAAUAAUGUGGCAGUGACGCUAUUAUUGUGUACAGUUUGUCAAGAUAUUUGGAAUUAGAUCUCGUGAUUCAAGUACCAAAACUUACCGUAUUAAUUUAUAAUUUAUUUAUUAUUGUAUGUUCGGUAAUAAGUUCUUCUGAAAUUGUACUGAAAUUCCAAAUUUCGAUGUUACCGUAUCUGAUUUGAUAUAUUUCUUUUGCUCAUUAGAUAUAGUUUUCAUGUUACCUAUCCUAAAAGCUUGUUGUUGUGAAUUUUUUUCUAUAAAAGUCUUUGUGAAGUAAUAAAUGAAAUGAAUAAAAAACCUGUACAAAUAACGUACAAUAUAUAUUUAAUUACGCCCCGUGCAUGUAUACAUUUGUAAGUUGGAUUCGUUGCGUUUCACUUAGAUUAAAAGCCACUCAAUUCUGAAAUUAUCUAAGCCAAUGAUUUUGAAACUUGUAAUAUAUACGAAUUUGAUGUAAAUAGUUUUGUAACUUUAUGUCUAACAGAAAUUGUCGUUUUGAUAAUUUAUAAAUUUUAUAAUAUUAAAAUUCAAUUUGUUCCUAAAUAUUUUUAUGCAGAUAAACUGCUGAGAGAGAUUAGAAGAGCGAAAUAGGUUUUAAAAUAAAUAAAUAUGAAAGCUUCUUCAGCUUUCCAACAAUAAGCUCAAUGAAUUUGACAGGCUUUUUAAUUGUAUUUCGUGUCUCAUAGUAUUUUAUUCGGUUUUCGUAAGUCACACGCAAAUUUAAACUACUUUUUCCAAUUUAUCUUGUGUUUAUUGUUUUCUUUUUACUAAUUUCCAUCAGCACAAGUUUGCUGUGUAUCUACACAGUCUUGACUGUGAUAACGAUCAUUUCAUAAUAUUUAACAAAAUCUAAAUAAAGAAACAAGUCAAGUCGACAUAAUUAUGUAUGACACGCGAGGCCAUUGAAAUUAAAAAUGACCCUAACUUAAAUAAAGAAUACAGUUGGCGCUUAUCUUACACCAGAGAUUCUCUUAUCGCGAAGACGAAAACCCCAUUCAAAAACAGCCAGGCCUUUGUAGUAUUAAUUAUGUUUGUAUUUCACUUACUUACUCAAAGUUCUCUGAAUCCCCAACGAUAAUUAGUAUGGAUAAAUUUACCUUAAAUGUAAUAUAGCUUGUAGUUAUUUUUUGUUCAAAGUAUUAUUUACUUCAAAACGACAAUUUCAUAAAUAAAUGUUAUUUUCUUUACACAUUAACUAAAUUACUAAUCAUUCAUAGAUAUUGGCAUUUGAUAUGACAUGAUUUCUUAAACACCUAUGAACUGUGAUAUUAAUGUUAGUAUAAUAAUUGGAAGUUGAUUAUAAAUACAUUGAGAUUAUGAAAA